GCGACACCUGACACCUCAGGUGCGUCGUCUCUCGCCCCGCCCUCUCUCAGUGUCAGUGCGUCGGUGGAUUCACCUGAGCUGGACAACAAAGCAGGACUCCACAGUAAUCCAGGAAAUGUACCUAUCAGGUUCAAUGAAGGCACCGAGUUAGACUCUUCGCAGAAUUGGUCACAAUGGAAGAAGUGUUUUUCAAAUCUGCUUUACCUGCUCAGGAGUCGUUCGUGCUGGAUGACACCAGCCUGGCUCUGCCAACCGAGCCGACUCCGAGAUCCUCGACACGGGUGAACUCCAACGAGAGGAACCUCCGUGUUCACCAGCAGGUUCAGCUCACCUUGGCUCGAAAGGCGAAAAAGAGUGGGUCAAAUGGUAGUGUCCAUUUACAGAAAAGCACAACAAAGACCUUUGAUGCUGCAGAUGGACUUUUACACAACACGAAGGUUAAUGGAUACUGCUUCAGCAACAAUGCUCUCUCUACCAACCAUGUGCGUAGACCAUCCAGGAGGGUGGAAGUUUCUCCCCCACACAGCCCAGACAUCGCCCGCAAUCGAUUAACUUACAGCUCCAACCGUUAUGCCACAUACACCCACCCAGGACCCAGUCAGCCACAUAGGAUUGGAGCCCUGCUGGACAACACUCUCAGUUCCAACUCAUUUCGUCGUUAUGCCUUCUCAGAGGCUCCUUGUAUCAGACGACCGCUAGCAUCCUCAUCGACACUCGGGAGCUACCGUGGGAGGUCCCAGAGACAGAUCGCAACUCCACAGCCUGUGUUUGCAAAUGCAGCGUUUCAGCAGAGUGGUGAAUUUGGCUCUCGCUGGGGUCACAGCCAAACCAUUGUCAAACAGGAUAAACAUGUGGUGCAGGGACAGAACGGUGAAAAGAUGCAUAGUGCUAAUCAGCCUGAUGAGGCCUUGUCCUGGUUGGCUAAGGUCAGGAAUGAUGGUCAGAGGCUCAACAGACUGAAUUCUUACCCCCCCUCAGUCAUCAGCAUGGAGGUGGACAUGGGGAGGCAGAUGGAAGUAGAGACCCCCAUUCAGCAGAUUCAAACACAGAACGUCAUGACACUGAAGUCGGAGAACAAGCCUCCAGAGAUGACAAUAGAGAGAGCCAUAAAACUACUGGAGGAGGAAAACGAGGAAACCCUCAUCAGUGCAGCCAGUUACAUACAGAGUCAAUGUUUCAAGAGUGCAGAAGCAAAGAAGAUGGUAUAUUAUCUUCGUGGAAUAGGAAAGCUUCUGCUGCUCCUGCGCAGCGACAAUGAGGAGGUGCAGAGUGUCGGCGCUGGGGCCCUGCGUAAUGUCGUUUACCAGAGUGCUGAAAACAAGAUGGAGGUGAAGGAGAACAACGGCCUGGCUUCCAUUUUUCGAGCACUGAAGAGCAGCCGUGAUGUUGAGACCAGAAGAGAACUUACAGGUCUGUUGUGGAACCUCUCCUCUCAUGACCUUUUGAAGGAGCGCCUUUCCAGAGAGGCUUUAUCCGUCCUCACCCACUCCGUCCUUGUGCCCAGUUCUGGCAUUUCUGAAGGGGAGAACCCAAAAGAUGAGCUCCUAGCAGAUGAUGAUGCCUUCCACAAUGCCACUGGCUGCCUGAGAAAUCUGAGCUCUGCUGGUCCAGAAAGCAGGAGAGCAAUGAGGGACUGUGAGAAUCUUAUUGACUCUCUGGUCUACUACGUCCGGGGAGCCAUAGCUGACUACAAGACGGAUGACAAGUCCACAGAGAACUGCAUGUGCAUCUUGCACAACCUGUCCUAUCAGAUGGAGGCAGAGCUCCCUAAGAAGUACAUCGCAGAUCUCGGAGAAUCUCGACAAAACUUGGCUCCCCAGCCCAAGCCUCUCGGCUGCUUUGCUUAUCGCAGCGCCAAGAUCACAGAGCAACUGGAGCGACACUGCCCCCUGCUGGAGGACAAGGCAAACCCUCAUGGCAUUGAGUGGUUGUGGAGCCCCAUCACAAUCAGGAUGUACCUGUCGCUGAUCGCCCGCAGCGUGCGUCCCCAAACACAGGAGGCUGCUGUCGGAGCCCUGCAGAACAUCACAGCUGGGAACGGAGUGGUAGCUGAAGCCAUCACUUUCACUAUUGUUCAGCGGGAAACUGGCCUUCAACACAUCAAGAAGAUUUUAGAAGAAGGAGAGAGUGAUGUGAAGAGGACAGCCAUAUCUUUAGUCAAAAACCUCUCACGCUACCAGGAGCUACAUCCUGAAAUCGUGAAUCAGGUGCUGCCAGAGGUGGUCAGGAUGCUGCCCCAUGACGACACCGGCACCGACCUGCCCACUGAUUUAACAGCAACUCUGUUGCACAUCCUGAUGAACCUGAGUCAGAGCGAGACGCAGCACGUUAAAGCCAUCGUCAACCAGGGAGCCCUCCCAAGGAUCAUUAACAUCAGCAGCAAGGACAACGGUUUCGGACCAACCAGAGCGGGACAGGGAGCAUGUGUCCUGCUACACACAAUGUGGAAACACAGCGAUCUCCAUGGUGCUUACAAGAAGUGUGGGUACAAGAAAACUGACUUCAUCAAUCCAAGGACAAACAAGGCUGUGAACUCUGUCAGAGACUGAGUGUGAGAUCUAAAAAUACACUCCUAGUCUGUGCUGCACCAAACAACUCGAUGAACUGCAACUCCUGUAAUGGACUGUGUGUGAGGUUUUAGUAAGUGUUGAUUUCUACGGAGGCCCCAAGCAGACAUGUGUCCAUACAUUUUAUUUACUCUGUGAUUAAACAUAGAUUACUUUGAUUUUAACUUAUGUAUCUCAUUGUUGAAAUAACAACACUGGUUGAGAUAAGUUGAUUUCUGUAGUUUUCUCAAGGAUCUCAUUUAUGAAUCCUGUAGAGAAUAGCUCCCACAAAAUAAUGGGAUCCUGUUAUGAUGAGAGAAAAAACUUAACCGUGUUAUCCUGAGAUUAGGAGAAAAAUAAGAUGAGAUCUUGAGAAAACAACCAGACAUUAUGCACUUUGAUGAUAACACAGAUUUUAAAAUAUGAAUAAGUGUGUCUCUGCUCAGGGCUUCCAUGGAUUUCCAACAUAGAGAGAGAGUUGUAUAUUAUCUUUAUUAUUUCUGCAGUCAGAACAUUGUGAACACUGCCUACAUUCCCCACAAAGGUCCCAGGAAAUGGCUUGUACAUUUUUAGAUUUAUAUGUAUUUUCUUUGUUAUAUAAUAAUAAUAAUAAUAAUAAUAAUAAUAAUAAUAAUAAUUCAUUUUAUUUAUAGGCGCCUUUCU